GUGUAUCAUUAUUUCUACCCUUUGACAGGUCUCUUUACUGGCAGACCAGCUGACUACCUCUUUAUGUUGCUGUUUUCCUGGAUCUGCUGUGUUAUUGUGGCUCUGCUUGGAGAGAUGGUGGUGUUAAUGGACCCCAUGGUGAUGGCAGUCCUCUAUGUGUGGUGUCAGCUCAACAAGGAUACCAUUGUCACCUUUUGGUUUGGCACACAGUUCAAAGCCAUGUACUUGCCAUGGGUCCUCCUAGGAUUCAACAUGAUCAUUGCAGGAGGAGGUAUGAUGGAGUUAGUGGGGAUCCUGGUGGGCCAUCUCUACUUCUUCCUAAUGUUCAAGUAUCCUCAAGACUUCGGUGGCGCUUCCUGGCUACAGACCCCCCAGAUCCUGUACGACUAUUUCCCCAAUCAAAGAGGAGUUGUGUCAGGCUUUGGACGUGCCCCUACAGCUCCCAGGGCAGGUGGAGGAGGUGGUGGUGGUGGUGGCAUCUUCCGUGGACAGGGACACACACUUGGUUGAAAGCCUUGUGGUUUCCUUUUAUGUUUUAAUUCAUAUCAUCAGCUGUAUUUUGUGUGGUUUAAUCAUAUGGGGGAUCCACAUUCAUGACAAGAAUGUAGUGUUGCACUUAUACUUGACAAAGUCUGUAACAUGGACCAUUUACUGUGUUUGAGUGAUCACAAAGUGCUGUACAGAGAUUGGAGGUCACUAAACACAAGUACAGUACAGUAUGGUUAUCUUGGUAACAUAUUGAAUAAAUCUUGGAGUGCAACUUUUACUUUUCUUGAAAGAAUGAUUAUUAUAUCCAGCUGGUGGGUGAUAACGUCUCACUUUUUGUUUACUAUUUUGUAUUUUCUCUGCCAGAGUUGAAGUCCCUUAAGACUUUAUAUUUUUUGUUUGUUGACAAAAAUGCCAUUUAAUUUACUUGUGUUGGUGUGUACCUUUUAAUGGGUCAGAAAUUAAUGUUUUAUAAAAGAGGAUUUUUGUAAUAUAUAUGAUGUGUUUGUUUUUAUGCCGACAUCAUAUACUUGUUAUUGCAACUUGUAUUUUUCCUAAUAUAUAUUUUGAUGGUCAUUUGGCAAAUCUUAUUUUCUUUAGAUGUGAGGAGUUGGCUGUACAGUAUGCACACAAUUGACAUUAGAAUAUAAAGCUCAGUUCUGCAUCAAAUGUGAGAAGUUCAUAUUACACCCUAAUGAUACAUCAUCAUCUUCAGUGUAACACAAUGUAAAUAACCAGCAAACAUUACCUUUUAUGUUAUUUAAUUUUCUGAAACUGUACAAGCCUUAAUGAACCAGAUAAUUGGUCAUCGGUAAAGUUUUCCCUCUGUGUCAUUUACGGGUCUAGAGAAAUGCUUAAAUAUAUUUCAGGUGUUCUGUCCUCAUUGUUAUUUUUAAUUAAAAUUGAUGGUAUAAUGUUGGAACUUUACAUUGACAAAAACUAUUGUUUAAAUUGGUAUUGAAGUUUAUAUGGGGCCCAACAAAGUCAUAGUUACUUUUGUUGCUCCUGAAAUAGUUUGUCAAGCCUAUACAGUACACCAAUUUAACUACUGUACUUUUCUGUAGUGUGAAUACAGUAAAACCUCAAUAAAUCGGACUUCAACAUAUUGGAAUUUGCUUUUUUCGGAUUGUGAGAUGUUCUGGUCACCAGAAAUACUAAAAAAAAAAAUUAAAAGUGCUUUAAGAAAUGGAAAAAUUUAUAAAAAUAAAUCUUGUGAAAUGAACCACACUCACUGAAUACUGUUCAGUGAUCAUAUUAGAUUUGCUAUAGGCCUACUUAGAACUGAGACAUUCUGAGUGGACUGGGGCUGAUCAGGUGUUGCCACAUUUGUCAGGUUUAUUUAUUUAUUGAUUCAGUAUUAUAUUUUCAUAUGAUUGGCCUCUUAUGGUUUAUGGUUCAUCAUGAUUAAUAUGACGUCUUCAGUAAUAGAGAAAAACUACAACACUGUAUGUAAGCUGUAAUAUGACUUGAAAAUAAAAGGAUAAGCUAUA